UCCUACUUUUCUUGCGCUCUGCCUGCAGGAAACAGGAAACUCAGAUGGGCAGGGGCUGGUGUUUUGCUACUGGAACUAGAUUGUUUAUAACUGGUUCGAGUUUAUUUUAUGUUUUCAUGGGAGAAAAAAGAGAUUGAGGUCACCCCAUUUAAUUUAUAAAACACUAUACAUUCUCAAAGGAGCAAUGACUGCUAUCAAGCAUGCCUUGCAAAGGGACAUUUUUACUCCAAAUGAUGAGCGGCUUUUGAGCAUAGUUAAUGUUUGUAAAGCAGGCAAAAAGAAGAAAAACUGCUUCCUGUGUGCUACCGUGACCACCGAACGGCCAGUGCAGGUGAAGGUGGUGAAAGUUAAGAAGUCAGACAAAGGGGAUUUCUACAAGAGACAGACGGCAUGGGAACUCAGAGAGCUGGCUGUAGUAGAUGCUAAAGAUGCUAACAAGGAAAACCCAGAGUUUGACCUGCAUUUUGAGAAAGUAUACAAGUGGGUUGCUAGCAGUACUACUGAGAAGAAUUCUUUUAUCUCCUACAUAUGGAAGCUCAACCAGAGGUACCUGAGGAAGAAAAUUGAUUUUGUCAAUGUCAGCUCCCAGCUGUUGGAAGAGCUUCCUAAAGCUGAAGAAUCCGUCCCAAGUGGAGAGAAUCAGAGUGUGGCAGGAGGGGAUGAAGAAACCCUGGACGAUUACCAGGAACUCAAUACAAGGGAAGAACAAGACAUUGAGAUAAUGAUGGAGGGCUGUGAAUAUGCCAUCUCUAAUGCAGAAGCCUUUGCAGAAAAAUUGUCAAGUGAACUGCAAGUGCUAGAUGGGGCCAACAUUCAGUCCAUCAUGGCGUCUGAGAAGCAAGUGAACAUCCUGAUGCAGCUGCUUGAUGAGGCUCUGAAUGAAGUGGAUACGAUUGAGGGGAAGCUGAGCAGUUAUGAGGAGAUGCUGCAGAGUGUGAAGGAGCAGAUGGACCAGAUCUCCCAGAGCAAUCACCUUAUACAGCUCAGCAAUACCAAUAACGUCAGGCUCCUGGAUGAGAUUGAAUUCCUCGUGAAUCAUAUGGACUUGUCAAAAGGUCAUAUAAAGGCACUGCAGGAUGGAGAUCUUUCUUCAUCAAAGGGCAUUGAAGCUUGUACUGAUGCUGCGGAAGCACUUUUGCAGUGCAUGAAUAUAGCACUCAGACCAGGACAUGACAAGCUUCAUGCCGUGAAACAGCAGCAACACCUGUUCAAUGAUUUGCGGGAACAGUUUGCAAGGAGACUUGCCAACCAUCUCAACAAUGUAUUUGUUCACCAGGGUCAUGACCAAAGCACUACAUCGGCUCAGCACUCUGAGCUGUCCUUGCCCAAGCACAACCCAUUGCAUCGGGAUUUACUCAGAUACGCAAAGCUAAUGGAGUGGCUGAAGAACACUCAGCAUGAGAAGUAUGAAGGGUUAACAGGGAAUUAUGUUGAUUAUAUUGCAAGAUUGUAUGAGAGGGAAAUUAAAGAUUUUUUUGAAGUUGCAAAGAUUAAAAUGACAGGCACAACUAAAGAAGGCAAGAAGUUUGCCACGCUUCCUCGAAAAGAGAGUGCUGUGAAACAAGAAACGGAGAGCCUGCAUGGGAGUUCAGGAAAGCUCACUGGCUCGACAUCCAGCCUCAACAAACUACCAAUCCAAGGUGGAGGAAGUCGUAGAUCCCAGUCAUCCUCAUUGCUGGAUAUGGGCAACAUGUCUGCCUCAGACCUCGAUGUGGCGGACAGAACCAAAUUUGACAAGAUCUUUGAACAAGUUCUAAGUGAACUGGAGCCUCUUUGUCUGGCAGAACAAGAUUUCAUCAGCAAAUUCUUUAAACUACAGCAACAACCCAGCAUGCCAGGAUCUACAGCUGCAGAUGGAGAGGAAGCAGAUGGAGCAGUGCCAUCAAGGCCUGUAUCUGUUGGUGGGGAAAGACCUCAAUCUGCAGCGUCUGAGAAGGAUUUGGUUCGGCUCAUGAUGAAUAAAAUAUUUCAUUGUAUUGAGGUCGAACUCAAUAAUCUGAUUGGCCUUGGUGACAAGAUUGACAGCUUUAACUCGUUGUACAUGUUGGUGAAAAUGAGUCACCAUGUUUGGACUGCAGAGAACGUAGAUCCAGCUUCCUACCUCAGCACCACACUUGGAAAUGUCUUGGUGACAGUCAAAAGGAACUUUGAUAAAUGCAUUUCAAAUCAAAUUAAACAAAUGGAAGAGGUGAAGAUCUCAAAGAAGAGCAAGGUUGGCAUCCUUCCAUUUGUUACUGGUAUUGAGCAGUUUGCAGAGCUGGCAGAGACAAUCUUUAGAAACGCAGAGCGGCGUGGAGAUUUGGACAAGGCCUAUGUAAAACUUAUCAGAGCGGUAUAUUUCAAUGUUGAGAAAGUUGCAAAUGAAAGCCAAAAGACUCCCAGAGAUGUUGUGAUGAUGGAGAACUUCCAUCACAUCUUUUCAACUCUGUCCCGCCUGAAGAUCUCCUGCCUGGAGACUGAGAGGAAAGAAGCCAAAUACAAGUACACUGAUCACCUGCAGUCCUAUGUCAUUUACUCUCUGGGACAGCCUCUGGAGAAACUAAAUCAUUUCUUUGAGGGUGUUGAGGCCCGUGUGGCACAGGGAGUGAGAGAGGAAGAAGUGAGCUACCAACUGGCCUUUAACAAACAGGAGCUGCGCAAAGUUAUCAAGGAAUAUCCAGGAAAAGAGGUGAAGAAGGGGUUGGACAACCUCUACAAAAAAGUGGACAAGCACCUCUGUGAGGAGGAGAACCUGCUGCAGGUUGUGUGGCAUUCUAUGCAGGAUGAGUUCAUUCGGCAGUACAAGCACUUUGUUGGGUUAAUUGGUCGCUGUUAUCCUGGGUCUGGGAUAACAAUGGAUUUCACUAUUCAAGACAUUCUUGAAUAUUUCUCCAGCAUCGCCCAGUCUCAUUAAUUUGGAUUAAAGAACACAAGAUGUCUGCAAGACGGUGCUUCUUUGUGUGUGCUCUUGUGAUGUGUGGAGAUAUAUAAACACUCCUUGCUCAUUAUAAAUCCUGUGUUAAAUUAAAUAUGUAAAGGACUUGCUGUAUUGUCCUCAAGAAAAAAGAGGUGUUAUUUAAUUUUAAAUUUUUACCAUUUGUAACCAGGUACUGUUUAGCACAGUUUCUUUGCAAUGGCAUGUGUGUCUCAGACAUUAAGGAAGGGAGGUUUGUACUAUGAUGUAAUGUUUGUUAUGGUAGACGUGCAGUAGACGUUUGUAGUUAAUGCAAAGUGGGAAUAUAUUGCAGCCAAUACUGAUCAACAGGACACUAUUGAUAUACCCCAGAUAAGCAUUUGUCAAUUGAAGAAUAAUGUUUAUUUCUUGUGAAAGGUUAUGAUGGGCAUAAGCAUUAAUGUCUUGCUGUUAACACUAUUAAUAUUAGCCUACUUAUUGCCACUAAUCUGUAAGGAUGUUCUGUAACAGUACUAAUUAUGUUUGCCUGUUUCCCCCAAUUAAUUUCAAUUUAGUUUUAUCUAAAAGCAUUAAAUGGAACAUUCAGACAUGAAAUAAAGGCCAAGGGUUUGCUAAUAAAAUAAUAGACAUACCUUAAAUGUAUAUUUCACAAACUCUGUUUCUCAUGCAAUGGUAUUUACUGAUUUCAGAUUUACUAAAAUAGUGAUUUGUACUUUAUUUUCUCUGUGUAGAAUAAUUAACAAUUUUGAUACAUUUGUGCAGAAUUCUAACUGAUCACAAAAUAGUAUACAUUAUAGCAGGGGUCUCCAACCCUGGUCCUGGGGAGCCCCAAUCUUGCAGGUUUUAUAGGGUGUCUUUAUGUCAACAGUGGCUGAAGAUCUGGAACAGAUGUUCGUCUUGAAUAAUUAAACCAGUAAUUGGUUCAUUUAAGUAACCGAAAGCUUGGUUGAAACAAAGCCCAGAAGACCCUGUAGCUCUCUGGGACCAGGUUGGAGAGUCCUGCAUUAUAGGGAUUUUAUUUUGCACUUCAAUUAAACUUUGCAAGAUGUUUGAACACAUUAUGAAUAUCCAAUAUGCCCAGGCCAAAGUUGUUUAAAAACAUGUCUAGUUACAUUACCCAUUCUGUUAAACCAGCUAGCUGCAAUUGUUGAGUAACUAACUACAGUUGAGGUUUGCAAAUAAGCUGUAUGCUUAUUUCAUUGUACACUAUUAUCAGUGUAAGAUACAAAAGUAUGAUCAUGCCAAAUACUUAAUAAAAAUAUUUAUUUCCCAGUU